AUAACAUGUCGAAAUUGCAUUAAGUUACAUCGCAGUGUUUUAGUAGAUUAAGAGAAGUUUUAUGCUUUAAGUUAGUAAUUAGUGGUUACUUAAACUGGUUUUACAAAAACAACUGAAAGAGCCCGCAUUAGCGCAAGCAUGUUGUUCAAUAUGUGCAAAAGUUCAGAGGGCGUUUUUCGCAGUGAAUUUCGCCCACAAUUAUUGGCGGCAGCAAGUGUAACGAUAAUCACAUAUUGCCAUGGAAUUGGUCUCGGCUGGUUCCCGCCGAUGCUGUCAAAGCUACAAUCGCCCGAUGGUAGUCCGCUUGGCUUUAACGCCUCCGUGGAGGAGGGCUCCUGGCUAGGUGCACUUGUAUGUCUCGGCGGUUGUACGGGGAAUAUACUUUUUGGACUACUUUUGGAUCUCAUCGGUCGGAAAGCCUGUCUUUAUGGCCUUGCCAUUCCACACAUUUGCUUUUGGUUACUCAUUUACUUCGCUAAAUCGAUUGAAUUUCUCUAUGCUGCACGCUACUGCGCUGGCAUCACUGGUGGUGGCACUUACAUCGUUAUACCGAUCUUCAUUGGAGAAAUUGUUGAUCCAACCAUUCGCGGACGUCUUACCUCGUUAUUUACACUCACUCUCAACUCGGGCAUGUUGACUGGUUUCAUACUCUCCUCACAUGUACCAUAUCACAUUAUACCAAUGAUUGUGAUAUUAUUCCCACUUAUCUUUCUACUGAUUGAAUCAUUCUUCCCGGAGACUCCGUCAUAUCUGCUGUAUAGCGCACAGGAAGAGGAAGCGGAAAAAUCGUUUAAAUUCUAUCACAAUUGCAAAGCUGAAAACAAACAGGAGUUGGCGCAAUUCAAUACGAAAUUUUCGGAGUUACGAAACGCGGUAAUGGCGCAAAAAUCGCAAACUGAUGUCGUAACAUGGAGAGAUUUCUUCACUAAACGCGCUUUGCGCGCACUCUCUAUGGGCAUAAUUCUGAUGAUGAUUAAUGUCUUCACAGGCGGUUUUGCAUUGCUUAACUACACGUCUACCAUUUUUGUAGCGAUUCAAACAGAUAUAGAUCCAAAUACAAACACCAUCAUUAUAGGGGUUGUGCAAAUUGUUGGUACCAUUACUGCCAUCAUACUAAUCGAUCGUUUUGGUCGGAAAAUUUUGCUAAUGGCUUCCGCAGCAUCCAUGGGAGUCUUUUUGGCGGCGUUUGGUAUGUAUGCUUUCUUUGCCGAGGAAACUAGUGCGGAUCUAUCAGCUUAUCGCUCUUGGCUGCCACUUCUCAUUAUGGCGUUUAUUAUAUUAUCGGCUAACAUUGGAAUAAUACCUGUCACUUUUGUGGUGUUGGUGGAAAUUUUACCUCCGAAGAUUCGUUCGAAAGCAUCAUCCAUUUGCUUGUCAUUGCUGAGCAUUUUUACCUUCAUCUUGCUGAAAAUAUUUCCACCAUUCAUGCAUACUUUUGGACUAUCAGCAUCGAUGUGGGCCUGUGCUGCAUUUUCUGCUCUAGGGCUAUUCUAUAUAACAAUAUUCCUGCCGGAGACCAAAGGAAAAUCUAUGAGUAAAGAUGAGAAAUAGUUUAAGUUACAAAUACAACUAAGUAUAGUACAAUAAUGCUGAAAGCUUUAUAAAAAUCUAUCUGCAAUGAAGUACCAACUGCAUUUUUUAGAAUCUCAGUAAGAUAACAAGCAUACAAAUAUUUAUAUAAAUAAAACCUAAAAUCUUUUAAAGCAUAACUUGUGAGUGAUAAUAAAAUUAUACAAACGAAAUUUGUAGCCUUUAAAACAUAACUUUCUUUAAGUUCGUUCAAACUGCAGAGUUGUUCAAAUAAGGAAUUUGAAAAAUUUUGAAAUUUUACAGUAGAAGCACAAAAAAUAUUUUAAAUUU